AUGACUUCAGUAGGCGGCGGCUCCGGCAGCGGCGGCGGCGGCGGCGGCGGAGGCAGAGCGGCGCGGUGGCGGCGGCGGCGGCGGCUGCUCGGCCUGGACUCCGGGCCCCCGCCAUUUCCGACUGGGCGCGAGCACGGUGCGGGCUCUGAAGGCGGCGGCGGGGGCCAGAGGCGCGGCGGCUCCCGGGUGCGGGAGAGAGGCCUGCUGAAAAUGACUGAAUAUAAACUUGUGGUAGUUGGAGCUGGUGGCGUAGGCAAGAGUGCCUUGACGAUACAGCUAAUUCAGAAUCACUUUGUGGAUGAAUAUGAUCCUACAAUAGAGGAUUCCUACAGGAAACAAGUAGUAAUUGAUGGAGAAACCUGUCUCUUGGAUAUUCUCGACACUGCAGGUCAAGAGGAGUACAGUGCAAUGAGGGACCAAUACAUGAGGACUGGGGAGGGCUUUCUUUGUGUAUUUGCCAUAAAUAAUACUAAAUCAUUUGAAGAUAUUCACCAUUAUAGAGAACAAAUAAAAAGAGUUAAAGACUCUGAAGAUGUACCUAUGGUCCUCGUAGGAAAUAAAUGUGAUUUGCCUUCUAGAACAGUAGAUACAAAACAGGCUCAGGACUUAGCAAGAAGUUACGGAAUUCCUUUUAUUGAAACAUCAGCAAAGACAAGACAGGGCGUUGAUGAUGCCUUCUAUACAUUAGUUCGAGAAAUUCGAAAACAUAAAGAAAAGAUCAGCAAAGAUGGUAAAAAGAAGAAAAAGAAGUCAAAGACAAAGUGUGUAAUUAUGUAA